AUGAGAGAGAUCAAGGUACAGAAACUCGUUCUCAACAUUUCCGUCGGCGAGAGCGGAGAUCGUCUCACCAGAGCCGCUAAGGUCCUCGAACAGCUCAGUGGCCAAUCCCCUGUUUUCUCCAAAGCAAGAUACACUGUGAGGUCCUUCGGAAUCAGACGUAACGAAAAGAUUGCAUGCUAUGUCACAGUCAGGGGUGACAAGGCAAUGCAGCUCCUUGAGAGUGGGUUAAAGGUCAAGGAAUAUGAACUCUUGAGAAGAAACUUUAGUGACACUGGCUGUUUUGGCUUUGGUAUUCAAGAGCACAUUGAUCUUGGAAUCAAGUAUGACCCUUCAACUGGUAUUUAUGGCAUGGACUUCUAUGUUGUCUUGGAGCGCCCUGGUUACCGCGUGGGGCGUCGUCGUAGGUGCAAGUCACGUGUUGGAAUCCAGCACAGGGUCACAAAGGAUGAUGCAAUGAAGUGGUUCCAGGUGAAAUAUGAAGGUGUUAUUCUCAACAAGUCCUCCAACAUUGCAAGUUAG